GGGGGGGGCUGUCGGCUUGGCUGUUAUUAUUUUUGUACACGACAAUAGCUGAGCAACACGUCUGUUGUCCUUCAAACAGACGUAAAAGUUAGCUUUCGGACUACACCGACAACCGAGCGAGCGGCUACUAUGGGUGCCGCUUCGAGCACCGAGGCAGAAAGGGAGCCGCUUCUUGCUCCGACUUCCGCUGGGACUACUAACAGCCUGCCUGUAAACAGCCGAGUGUAUGGCAGAAGAUGGCUGGUUCUGACCCUGUUUUCCCUGCUGGCACUCAUGCAAGGGAUGGUGUGGAACUUCUGGGGACCCAUUCAGAACUCGGCUGUAAAGGCUUAUGGGUUCACCAAGUCUGACAUCGCAGUUUUGGUUCUGUGGGGCCCGGUUGGGUUCUUCCCCUGGUUGCUGUUUAUGUGGUUAAUGGACAAAAAAGGCUUACGGGCUUCCCUCCUGCUCUCGGCCUUCUUCAUGCUGCUGGGAUCGACCAUGCGAAGCAUCCCGCUGACAGACCUGAACCUCAGACGGUGGGUAAUACAUGGAGGCCAGUUUCUAAACGGUCUGGCCGGGCCAACCAUAAUGAGCGCCGGGCCGUACCUCUCCACCACAUGGUUCGCCCCCGACCAGAGAGCAACGGCAACAGCCGUGGCCUCUCUGUUCUCCUACCUGGGAGGCGCCGCGUCGUUCAUAGUGGGACCUCUCAUCGUUCCAGCUCCCAACGACUCCCAGACGGGCACCGCGUCUGCCGCACCGCCGUCCACCGCCUUCAUCCGGAACAGAAUCCAGCUGGUUAUGUAUGCAGAGUUGGUGGCGAUCGGGGUGUUUUUCGUAGCCGUCCUGCUCUACUUCCCAUCACGCCCACCCGUGCCCCCCAGUGUUGCCGCGGCUAGCCAGAGGCUCAGCUACAGGAGCAGCAUCUGCAGACUCCUCAGUAACUUCCGUUUCCUGAUGAUUGCGUUGGCCUACGCGGUCCCUACAGGAGUGAUCGGCGGCUGGUCUGGAGUCCUGGACAUGGUUCUUACUCCGGCCAAAGUCAGCCAGAUGAAUGCAGGCUGGAUUGGUUUCUGGUCUAUUGUUGGCGGGUGUGUGUUUGGAAUAGGAAUGGCCAGAUUUGCAGACUCCAUCCGUGGGAUGCUGAAGCUGAUUCUGGUGCUGAUGCUGGCAGGAGCCUCGCUGUCCUCGACAUGGUUUACGCUCACCUGUUUGAGCACAAUUACCCACCUCCCGGUUACUGCAGCCAUCCUCUACACUUCCUGCAUCCUGGUUGGCAUAUUCGUGAACAGCAGUGUGCCGAUAUUCUUCGAACUCUUCAUUGAGACGGUGUACCCGGUCCCUGAAGGCAUCACCUGUGGUGUCGUCACCUUCCUGGGGAACUUGGCUGCUGGACUUCUACUCUUCUUCCUCACCUUUUACCCAACAAACUUGUCAUGGCUGAACUGGUGCGUAACCGGCUCAUGUCUAUUCAGCCUCGUCCUCGUCCUUUUCUUCAGGGAGUCCUACGAUCGUCUCUACCUGGACGUCUUUGUCUCCGUGUGACGCUUACGAGGAAAGAAAAAAAAAAAGACGAAGAAAAUCAAGGCUAUUUAAACACCUACUCUUGCACAGUAAAGAGGAGAAAAGGGACACUGAGAGCAAGUUUGUGAGACGUAAAAUUUUAGGACGUAAAUGUAUAUAUGUAUACCUGUAAAGCCCCGGUGAGGGUGAUGCACGUUUCCGCCAUACGGAGGCGUCGUUGUUUACAUCUUAGAAGUAGUUAACCCAAGCUUUGAUGAUGGUUUGACCUGUUUUUAACGGUUUCCUCUGUUUGUCCGUGAAAGAAUUGAGGUGGACCCACCUGAACAAACCGUUUGCCCCUUCGCAGAAAGUUUGAGAUGGAAAGUCACUCUCCGGAAGCUUCCACUCGCCUGAUCUCAAAAAGAACCUGGAAAACUCUCCUCGAAGUUUACAAAAGGGACGUCAAACAGAGUCCAACUCAACACCGAGCGACUUUCAUGCACAUUGAAGUAAGGACUAGUCCCUUCAGGAAUUAAACUGGGACCUCCUUGUGUUUUAGUGCUGGCCAUGACUCACCAGGAGGCUUAACUGACCCUACAGCGUUAAGCGACCUGUGAUGUUGCCUGUCAGCAAAAAGGCGAGGCACUUGAAUUGUGUUUUAUGGCCCUCUCAAAAUGAAUAUUAUGCAAAAAAGAAAGAGGGAUGCCGUCAGAUCGACAGCUGGACGCCAGCCAAAGACGCGGACUUGCGACCGGACUCACCGGCGCUUCUCGUUUGGAAUGAGAAGCGCAUGACGGAGGGUUUUCUUUUCAGUUCUUCAGCCCACUUACAACUAAUAAUGUCCAUAAUUUUAACGUAACUUUAAUUUGUUUUGUACAGCUUUUUUUUGUUUUUUUAAAUCAUCCACUUUUCUUCCUAAGCGGUGUGCCAGUAUUUAUUGAAACAAAAAGAAUGUCUCAACACUAACAACAACCAGAAACAAGAAGUUUGAUGACGGACCUUUUUUUUUGUAUAUAUACAAGCCUACGAACGAUUUUUUUUUUUGUUCAAAGCACCAGCAGAGUUCUUUGCAGCAACUGACUUAAAAAAAAAACCGCAAAGUAGCCCAUCUCACGGAUUUGCUGCCUGAUGAAAACUACAACAAAAGCAUCUCCAUAUUAACAAAGCGAAUCUCUCCUGUAGAGGGGGAAAAAAAAGGUUUUGUCUAACAUGCUUAUUUUUUGGUGGGUUUUUUCCCCCCCAGAAACUAUAGAAAGUAUUUUUAUGUUUUUCCUCUGGAGAUAAAAAAGGCUGCGUAAUUUGUUCCUGGUGCUGUUUUUCCCUCUCUCGCCUUGUAAAGAAAAGGUUCUUUCACCUACAGAUGUGUUGCCUUAAUUGUCCAGUGCAGUGCAUUCAACCCCCUCCUCCUGUCCACACUGUGAAUAUUUUAUCUCUGGAUUAUGUCAAAGGUCAUUUUCUGUUUGUUUGUUUUUUACACUAGGUAGCGUCCUAGGAUUUGGUUAUUACUUUGUGUUCCUUUGGGGUAAAACAAACACGACCGUCAAAAAUGUUCAGCACCUUAUUAAAGUGAUGAUUUUACAAAUUA